AUGAAAGAGACAUGGAAAGAGAAACUGGUUGCAAGUGUGUUUAUGUUUAUCUUAACUUUUAUAUCUACCGCUCUGCCAAUAAAGUUUAUUGACAACAAAGCACUGAUUGCUCUUAAACAAAGAUCCCCAGAAUCAAGCAUUCGAUUAAAACGUGUUCUUAGACAUCUUAAUUGGUUUGCUGCUGGAGUGUUUCUUGCUACUACCAUUGUUCACAUGCUGCCAGAGGUUAGAGGAGGGUUUAUCAAUAUCUCUACUCAACUGAAAAAGGACUUUGAAAUCAAUUGUAAUGAGUCCAACUUGACCAGUUCUCAACGAAAAAGCCACAUUAUAUUAUUUUUUUUGGAUGACUUUCCACUUGCAGAAGUUAUCAUGUGCCUCGGUUUCUUCAUCAUCAUGUUUCUAGAAAUUUUUUUGCACAAAAUUUCUAAUAUCUGUCAAAGCAAAAACAAUGACACCUUUAGAAGAAAAUUUAAUAGAAAAUUCUAUGAUGCAUUACGUAACAAGGAUUUUGAUGAACCAUGUAGUGAAAUCAGUUGUGAAAAUAAUUCUGUUAAUAAUCCCGAAAAUAGUGUAGAUUGUUCAAGUGAAUUAAAUUAUGAAACUUCAUCACUUUCUGUUACAAAAAACAAAUCAAUUACCAUGAUAGGAAAAAACUCUAAAUAUGACAUCGAACCAUAUCAUUUGAAUGCAAAUACAUUUGCUCCUGAUACCAAAUGUGACAAAGACAAUAUUAGAGAACAGGUCAAAUCAACAAAACAUCGCCUGCCAUUUUACAGGAAUGGAAACUCAAAUAAAGAAAUUUUAACAAAUUCUACCAGUUCAACAUUUGGAGCAAUAGUUUUUUUAUUGGCGUUGAUAAUUCAUUCAGUCAUUGAAGGAUUUGCACUGGGUCUAGUCAACACGUCUUUACAACUGUGGACAUUAUUUACCGCAAUUAUUAUUCACAAAACUGUAGUCGCCACCACAUGUGGAAUUCGAUUGGCUGAAAACUUUUCAACUGCUGUACAAAAAAAUUUGAAUGUUUUCUAUAGAAAAAAUGUCGACGAUAGUGAUUCAGAUACUGGACAAAUAGAAACAAAUGUAAAUAAUGAUGACCAAACCGACAUUAACCCAAAUGAUUUUAGGGGAGUAUCACAAUGUAAGACAUCUCACAAAGCUUACACAAGUGCAUUUAUAUUCAGUUUAUCUUCGCCAUUUGGUAUUCUUCUUGGUAUUCUUAUCAGCUUGUUUCAGCAUUCAAAUAGCCGUUCAAAUUCUUUGUUUGCUGUUAUCCUUCAAGGUUUGGCUACAGGAACAUUCCUUUUUGUUAGUUUAUUUGAAGUCAUUUUUCCUCAGUUAACUCAGGCUCACAUGGAACUGUUCGAUUCAUUAUUAUGCUUCUUUGGGUUUUUUUUGCUAGUUUUGUUAAGGUUGUUUUUUAAAGAUUGA